UGAUUUAAACUUCACCGAUGGUAACAAAGUCGCAAACCGCACUUUUGAAUGUGGCAGUAACUUAAUUCAAUAAAUAAUUUUUUAGGUAACUAAUGAAAAACUGAAUCAAGACCGUUUUAACUUUAAAAUGUCUGAUUUACCUUAUCAAGUUGAAUAUGCUAAGUCCGGUCGAGCAUCAUGUAAAGCGUGUAAAAAUAAAAUAGACCAAGGAGUUUUGCGAAUAGCAAUAAUGGUGCAGUCGGCUUUUCAUGAUGGCAAGCAACCAAAUUGGCAUCAUGAAGAAUGUUUCUUUAAAAAAAAAUGUCCUGGAAGUAUUGCUGAAAUUGCAAAUUUUAAUAAACUUAAAAAUGAUGAUCAAGUCAGAAUAAAGAGCAUGUUGGGUAAUCCAUCAGGCAUUGUGAUGCCUGCAGAAAAAAAUAAGAAAGGCAAGUCUAAUAAAAGGGACAACAGCGAAAAGGCAGCUUUGGCAAAUUAUUCUAUUGAAUAUUCUAAGUCGAGUAGAGCAACAUGUAAACAUUGUGAUAUUAAAAUUUGUAAGGGAGAAAUAAGAGUUUCGAAAUUGUCUUAUGAUCCAAAGUAUGGAGAUCAUCCCAAUUGGCAUCAUCUUAAUUGUUUUGCUGAGAAAAAAAACGAAUUUUUAUUCUUAGCUGGUGGUGAAGAUCUUCCAGGUUUUAAGAGUCUCAAUAAGGAAGAUCAGAAAACAGUUAAGGAUGCCAUCAAAGCGUCCAAAGAUGAUGAAGUGCCUGUGAAAAAGUUAAAAUUGGAACCAAAAGAUGAAGCUGAUAUAAAGAAAGAAAAGGAUUUACAAAAAAAAAUUGAAAAACAAAAUAAAUCAUUCCAUAAAUAUCGUAGUGUACUCGCUGACCUCACUAAGAAUGACCUGCAGGAUUUACUUGAAGAUAAUUUACAAGAGGUGCUGAAAGGUCGUGAUGAGUGUCUGGAUCAUUUGGCUGAUAUUAUGACAUUUGGAGUUCCUGAGCCGUGUCCAGACUGUAAAGGGCAACUUGUAUUGGACACAUUUUACUAUAAGUGUACAGGAAAUAUAAGCGAAUGGUCGAAAUGUAGAUAUACAACUAAAACUCCUAAGAGAAAAACAAUGAAAGUCCCUAAAGCAUUUCAAGAUCAUGUAAUAUUCAAAAAAUUUAAGUCAAAGUGUAGCGAUAGAAUAUUUGAAAGUGAGCCACCUCCGAGCAUUGUAGUCGUAAAGAAAGAGGAACCAGAGAGUUCUCAGAAAGACAAACCGGUUCCACCAUUGAAGAACCUUCAAUUUUUCAUCUAUGGUAAAUUCAAAACUCCCAAAGAGGAUAUCAAGCACCGCAUUUUGAAGUUGGGAGGCUUAGUUGUGAAUAAGCUAACAGAUACACUAGCAGCUGUAAUAUCCACCAAGAAUGAUCUAGAAAAAAUGAAUGUCAAAAUGGAAGAAAUACAAGAUAAAGAUAUAGAGGUUGUCGAAGAAUCAUUCUUGGACCUAAUUGAUCCCAGCAAUGGAAGUGUUACAAAAUCACUAGAACUUAUAAGAGAAAAUAAUAUUGCGGAUUGGGGAUCUGACCCGACUAAACGAGUUCCUCAAGAUGUUAUUGAUGGAAAGUCCAUACAAAAGUCUGGGAGCAUGUAUGCAAAAUCCAAAUCUACCAUCACAAAGCUGAAAAUUAAAGGCGGCACGGCCGUGGACCCCGACUCGGGGCUGGAGGAGCUGGCGCACGUGUACCAGGCGCCCGACGGCUCCAAGUACACCGCCGUGCUGUCCAAGACCGACGUGGUGGCCGGCAAGAACUCCUACUACAAGCUGCAGGUGCUCAGAGCUGACGGGAAGAACAAGUUUUGGUUGUUCCGAUCUUGGGGCAGAAUCGGUACUCCGAUCGGAGGCAAUAAGGUGGAAGAAUGUAAGACUCUUAACGAAGCAAUUGAAAAAUUUGAAAACCUUUACAUGGAACGAACGCAAAACCCCUGGGAGGAGCGGCAAAACUUCGUUAAGAUGCCGGAGUCGUACUACCCCAUAGACAUGGACUACAGCGACGAGCCGGCAGCGUCGCUGCAGGUCGAUAAGCAAUGCUCGCUACACAUGUCCGUGCAGAAUCUCAUACAGAGGAUCUUCAACAUCGACAACAUGAAGAAGACGCUCCUCGAGUUCGAACUUGAUACGGAAAAAAUGCCUCUCGGAAAAUUAUCCAAGAAACAAAUUAAAUCCGGAUACAAUGUUCUCUCCGAGUUACUUAAAUUUAUUGAGAAAGGAUCUACAAGCGAAAACAAAAUCAUCGACGCUACUAACAGAUUUUACACUUUAGUGCCACAUAGUUUUGGAACUGAUAAUCCCCCACUGCUGAAUACUGUCGAAAUCAUAAAGAAUAAAACUGAAAUGUUAGACAACCUAUUGGAGAUUGAAAUCGCCUACAGUUUACUCAAAACGGAAAGCGAUGAUGGUGUAAGUCCUAUUGAGGCUCAUUAUCGAAAAUUAAAGGCAGAAAUCACUCCUCUCGAUAAGAAGAGCGAAGAAUUCGAAAUGAUUUUAGAAUAUGUGCGGAAUACGCACGCUGCUACACAUUCUAGCUAUACGCUAAAAGUACAAGAGGUAUUCCAAGUUGUUCGUGAAGGAGAAGAGAAGCGUUUCAAACCAUUUAAAAAACUUCACAACAGAAGACUACUAUGGCACGGUUCACGUGUUACCAAUUUCGCUGGAAUUCUCUCCCAAGGUCUUCGAAUUGCCCCACCGGAGGCACCAGUGACCGGGUACAUGUUCGGGAAAGGCAUUUACUUCGCGGACAUGGUCUCUAAAUCUGCUAACUACUGCUGCACGGACAAAAGAAACAACGUCGGGCUGCUGCUGUUGAGUGAUGUGGCUCUCGGAAACAUGAAGGAGUGCCGGCGCGCCGAGAACGUGACGAAGCUGCCGAGCGGCGUGCACUCCGUGUGGGGCGUGGGCAGCACGCAGCCCGACCCCGCGCGCGCGCGCCGCCUGCGCGACGUGCUCGUGCCGCUCGGGCCGCCCGCCGCGCCCGCCGCGCCGCUCGACACCUCGCUGCUCUACAACGAAUUCAUCGUUUACGACGUCGCGCAAGUGAAUGUUAAGUACUUGGUACAAAUGGAGUUCAACUAUACACACUAAAUUCUUACUUUAAUGCUGGCAUUUAAUCAUUAUUUUGUUACCGUUUAAUUCUUAACUAUUUUUAUGUAGUUUUAUGAAACAAUUACAAUUUGAAUGUUAAUUCGUUU